GAUGUUGUCUACUUUUCGCUCGGACAGCAGCUCGUUAGCGGUAAUUUUUCCGUUCUUGAAGAUUUAUUUAUAAUACACAUUUUUGGGUGAAUGCGAUUAUUUAAUAUUAAUCUGAUCGGAAGCGACUGUUGACGAGCGAUAGCUUUGUUGACGAAAUUACGACAACAGUGUGCAACAGGACUAAAUGAAUUUAACAAAUAAAACUAACCAGGUCUGCGUUAAAGAAUCGGUAACUGAUAUUUGUGUUUAUUGUCUUUUAUCGCCAUUCGUUAACUUAAUAACUUUUUAUUUCACCAGCUAGCUGAUUCGCUAAUGUAUGUUUAUGUCACCACAACCCAACAUAACGGUAAUAAUAGGAGCAGUUGGUAAAGACAUGAAUUCAUUUUCCCCUUGAAGCUAGAUCCGCGGCUGAAGCUGGUUAUCUGUUCCAAGUGGAAACCCCUCGCGUUGCUGUCCAGUCAGUAGACCCGGCUCGGUUCGCGAGCGAGCCGACGCCCACGUGCUGCCAUGGUGUGCCCGGUGCAGUUUUUGUGCCGGGCACUCCGCACUGUGGGCCUUGUCCUUUUUUAUUAUGUCUUCUCCAUUGGCAUCACGUUUUACAACAAAUGGCUGAUGAAGGACUUCCAUUUCCCUCUCUUCAUGACCCUGGUGCACCUGGUCAUGAUAUUCUGCUUCUCUGCACUGGUACGUUCAGCAAUGCAUUGCUGGACUGGCAAACCCAGAGUUUUAAUGAGCUGGAAAAUCUACAUCACCAAAGUGGCCCCAACGGCCCUGGCUACAGCCUUGGACAUAGGCCUGUCUAACUGGAGCUUCUUGUUCAUCACCAUCAGCCUAUACACCAUGACCAAGUCUUCAGCUGUUCUGUUCAUCUUGUUCUUCUCUCUGAUCUUCAAGUUGGAGGAACCCAACCCAUUCCUGAUCGUGGUGGUUCUGCUAAUUUCCAGUGGCCUGUUCAUGUUCACCUUCGAGUCUACCCAGUUCAACCUGGAGGGCUUCAUGAUGGUGCUUCUGGCCUCCUUUAUUGGAGGCAUACGCUGGACCCUCACACAGGUUCUCAUGCAGAAAGCUGAACUGGGUCUUCAGAAUCCAGUGGACACCAUGUAUCACCUUCAGCCACUCAUGUUCAUGGGUCUUUUCCCCCUGUUCGUCUACAAUGAAGGUUUGAACCUUAGCACCACAUCGAAGCUCUUCCGGGUGAGUGAGGUGUCUGCACUCAUAUACUCCCUGGGCACGUUGUCAGUGGGUGGCAUUCUUGCCUUCGGCCUUGGUUUCUCUGAGUUCCUGCUGGUCUCCCGUACCUCCAGCCUUACACUGUCCAUUGCAGGCAUAUUUAAGGAGGUGUGCACUUUGCUGCUGGCAGCAGGGUUUAUGGGGGACAAGAUGGGUGCUCUGAACUGGCUAGGCUUUGUCAUUUGCCUGUCUGGGAUCUCACUACAUGUAGCUUUGAAGACCUACUUCUCCAAAGGUAAGAGCACCACCCUCAGGCAGUUGCCCAAUAAAGAGAGUCCAGACCUGGAACUUCCACUAUUGCUCAAAGGCCAAGAGGAUGACAGUGAAGAUGCUGAAGAGGAGGAACAGGAGAUCCUGCAUUGACUGAUGGGCAUAGGGGAAAACUCCAUUGCUGUUUUCAGGCACACACGAGGAAUUUUGGACUGUGGAUCCACCACAGUUAGUUUUGCAGCAAACAUUGCAACUGCCUGGUAGAGGCCUUACAUAUUUUUUAAAUUAUAUCCUAAUGAACUACCUGCUUCUCUGAGUUUCAAUGAAAAUUUAUUAUAAUUAAAAUCAAUUGAUAUAUCAACAACCAACCUGUGUGCCUAAGAAAACAAGGCAUGUGAAAGAAGAUUGUUCCUUCUGGUGGCCAGCGAACCUUAACUGCCUUGCCUGUAAGCAAUAUGUUUUCUAGAGACCAAAACAAAUAUUUUGUUUGUUUUCAUUAUUUUUAAAUAGGACCGACAGUUCUGCGUAAUAAUUUGAAAUUGUUUUGAUAAUUUAUUUAAAGCUGUAGAAUAUA